AUGAGUUUUUUGGAGAAAAUGCAAGAGAAAGGUCGAAGUAAAAACCAUCAAGAAUUACACUUGAGAGCUUCGGUUCCUUCUUCGACUGUGGAAUGUGCCAAAGAAGAAUGGUAAGUGUAGAAAAAGGAGUAAAACGGUCAUCGGAAAGGUCCACCGAUAAGCAUAGGUGUAAUAGAUUUAGCAGGAAGUUUUUGCCCUCUGCUCUUUAAAGGUGGUGAAAGAAAACAUCAAUCAAGAUGCAGAACAGGAAAGAAAAUAUCGAACAGUUUGUUUUAAGUCCGGGACGAAAACGAAAUGACCCAAUGAAUUUUUUAACUUAACCAGUGAUUCUUUUGUCUAAUUGAAGCGCGCUAAAUCUCAGUUUUAAGAAGCCGAUGGAGUGUUUUUCGGAAAUCGAGGACACAGGACAGCCCUUGAAAAUAUUGGUGAGAUUCGGAAAAUGAAAUUGACUGGAGUAAAGAUAACGAAAACAACACAAAUUUUCUAUUUUGCAAAAAAAUGAGCAAGAAAAUUUAAUCACCUUUUAAGGCUUAGCGACUAGGCAAAUUCAUAAAAACUAAGUUAAUUUCUACUUUCUUACUCUUAGAGUCGUUACGGCACUGUCUUAAAUUACAUGAGUUCACUAUACCCUCAUAAUUAUCCUACAGCCUACAGGAAGAAAGCAAAAAAUUGUCGCGUCCAGGAUCCUUAAAAAGCUUCCAGAAGGAAAAGCGCGAUGGCGAUGUUACCAGUGGUGCUGCCUGUUUCAAAGAGGCCACCACAGAGGCCAAAGCUGCUCCACGUGCUCCAUUGUCAGGCGUCGUUGGAAACCAUGAGAAAAAGAAGGAAGCGAAAGCUGGUGCUGACACUAAGGGGGAUAGUCCUCAGAAGGCUUCGUGUCGAAGCAAUAAAACAAGAUCAGGACCAACAAAGGUCAAAAGGAAAGAUCUACCUCCACCUCUGCCUUCUUCUGACAGCCUUACCGUUUCUCAUACCAGUCCAUCCCUAUCGCUCCGUCUUGUCCUAUUCCUGUCCGCCCUGCUCCCCCUCCACAGCGCCAACCACGUCCUCGUAAGGCGGCUCCACCUCGCCCCCCUCCACCGACUAUCAAGCAGCCUGGAAAAAAGAGUGGUAUUGCAUCCGAUGCAGCUGGCAAAGGACCGAGUAUUAUUAAGAAAAAGGCAAACGAGAUUUGCAAAUAUCCAAAGGAUCUGA